GGCGGCGGCGGCGACCGGAGCGGGCCAUGGACGCGCUCAAGUCAGCAGGGCGCGCUUUAAUCCGGAGCCCUAGUCUGGCCAAGCAGAGCUGGGUGGGCGGCCGGCAUCGCAAGUUGCCAGAGAACUGGACGGACACCCGGGAGACGCUGCUGGAGGGCAUGGUUUUCAGCCUCAAGUACCUUGGUAUGACGCUGGUGGAGCGGCCCAAGGGUGAGGAGCUGUCUGCAGCUGCUGUCAAGAGGAUUGUGGCCACAGCCAAGGCCGGUGGGAAGAAACUGCAGAAGGUAACACUCAAGGUGUCGCCUCGGGGGAUCAUUCUGACGGACAGCCUCACUAGCCAGCUCAUUGAGAAUGUGUCCAUUUACAGGAUCUCCUACUGCACGGCAGAUAAGGCGCACGACAAGGUGUUUGCAUACAUUGCCCAGAGCCAGCACAGCGAGAGCCUGGAGUGCCACGCCUUCCUCUGCACCAAGCGGAAAGUGGCACAAGCCGUCACCCUCACUGUAGCCCAGGCCUUCAAAGUUGCCUUUGAGUUUUGGCAGGUGUCCAAGGAAGAGAAAGAGAAGAGGGAAAAAGCCAACCAAGAAGGAGGAGACGUCCCAGGGACCCGACGGGACAGCACCCCAUCAUUGAAAAGCUUGGUUGUCACUGGGAACCUGCUGGAUUUGGAAGAGGGGGCUAAGGCCCCGCUGUCCACGGUCAGUGCUAACACCAACAAUGUGGACGAGACGCCGCGGCCUCAAGUCUUGGGCAACAACAGUGUCGUCUGGGAGCUGGACGAUGGUCUGGAUGAAGCAUUUUCAAGGCUGGCACAGUCACGGACAAACCCUCAAGUUCUGGACACUGGACUGUCAGCCCAGGACAUCCAUUAUGCGCAGUGCUUAUCUCCCACUGACUGGGAGAAACCUGACAGCAGUAGCAUCGAUCAAGAUGACCUCUUCAACUUCUGAGGGCCUGGGGCCGGCGGGACACAACUGGCCUCAACAUGUGAUGAACCAAAAGCCACCUGCAGCGGGGCAGCCAGCUCCAGGAGCCGCCAGCUGCCUUAUGCCAGCGGCUGCAAUCCUGCAGAUGAAAGCUGCACAGGCAGGCAGGGAAAGAGGGCUGCCUGGGGUAGCCAGUCAGCCACUCCAGGUCUGCAUGAGGCGCUCAUGGUGUGUGCAGGAUGGGGCCUGGCCUCCU